AGUUGGGCGGAUUGGAGAUACGCGCGGAAGCAGAGAGCAGCAUCUCCAGUGUCCAGUGGUGUAUGUGUGAUUCUCCAUAAUGGGGAAUUAUAACUCCAGCAGUAGAGGAGGAACCUCUGAUCCAAAGGUAAAGAGAGCAGAGUCUCCAGCACCCAGCUGUGUGUCUCUGAAGAGUGAUGUGUCCAUGGGUCGUCUUCCUAGCUUCAACAGUGGACCUGUGCCGUCUGACCCAAAAAGAACUCAUCCUGUUCUACAUCCACACAAAGACAUGGAAGAGUCCAUACAGCAGGACUCUCACAUACCACUGGAUGAUGUCCUACACAGAGUCUUACACACACACAAAACCAGCAUGAAGAACAAGUAUGAGAGUUUAUUUGAGGGAAACAAAUCACAAGAGAAUAAAACCCUCCUGAACAGGGUUUACACACAACUCUACAUCCUAGAGGGAGAGAGUGAAGGAGUGAAUGAAGAACAUGAGGUUUUACAGAUGGAGAAAACACCCAGGAAACAGCUGGUACAAGACAUUCCAAUCUACUGCUCAGACAUCUUUAAACCUGUACAAGGUCCUGAAGGAGACAUGAAGGAAGAGAAGAUCAGAGCUGUGAUGGCUGAAGGUGUCACAGAACCAAAAGAAGAUAAAGACCCAGAAGUGCCAAAGCUCAGAACUGUUCUGACCAAAGGCAUUGCAGGCAUUGGGAAAUCUGUCUCAGUGCAGAAGUUCAUUCUGGACUGGGCAGAGGGAAAAGCCAAUCAGGAUGUAGAUUUCAUGUUUGUGCUUCCAUUCCGGGAGCUGAACCUGGUUAAAGAUAACCAGUACAGUCUGCAUAGACUCCUGUGUGACUUCCAUCCUGAGAUAAAAGACCUGGACCCAAAAAUAUAUGAUAUGUACAAAGUUGUGUUCAUCUUUGAUGGCCUGGAUGAAAGCAGAAUUCAACUGAACGUUUCCCAGUGUAAUAAAGUGUCUGACAUAAGCAUGACAUCAUCAGUGGGUGUGCUGAUGUCAAACCUCAUCAAAGGAGAGCUGCUUCCCUCUGCUCUCAUCUGGAUAACCUCCCGACCAGCAGCAGCCAAUCAAAUCCCUCCUCAGUACAUUAACCGUGUGACAGAAAUUCACGGAUUCACGGACCCACAGAAGGAGGAGUACUUCAGGAAGAGAGUCAGUGACCAAGACCAAGCUGAGAAAAUCAUCUCACACAUAAAGACAGCAAAGAGCCUCCACAUCAUGUGUCACAUACCAGCCUUCUGUUGGAUCUCAGCCACUGUGCUUCAGGAAAUACUAAAACAAACUGCUACAGAAAUCCCUAAAACUCUGACUGAGAUGUACAUACAGUUCCUGCACACUCAGAUCAAUAUGAAGAAUGAGAAGUAUGAGGGGAAAAAGAAAAGAGAUCAAAGGAACUAUCUGAAAUCCAACAGGUCGAUGAUUCUGAAACUGGCUGAACUGGCUUUCAAACAGCUGAUGAAGGGAAAUGUGAUGUUCUAUGAAGAAGACCUGAGAGAGUGUGGCAUUGAUGUCACUGAGGCCUCCGUGUACUCUGGGAUCUGCACUGAGAUCUUUAGGGAGGAAUCUGUGCUUUACCAGAGGAAGAUCUACUGCUUUGUACAUCUGAGUUUUCAGGAGUUCCUGGCUGCUCUUUAUGUGUUUCACUGUUUUAUCAGCAAUAAAAGGAGGGCACUGCAGGGUUUUAAGUUACAGUCCAGUUCCAGGUCUAAGAAAGUUUCUCUCCGUGACCUGCUGAAGAAAGCAGUGUGUAAAGCCUUAGAGAGUCAGAAUGGACACCUGGACCUUUUCCUCCGUUUCUUGCUGGGCAUCUCACUGGAGUCCAAUCAGUGUCUCCUACAAGGCCUCCUGACACACACACACAGCAGCCCAGAGAGCAUCACAUACACAGUUCAGACCAAAGACCAAAUACAAACAGAGGACCUCCCCACUGAGAGAUCCAUCAGCCUGUUCCUCUGUCUGUCUGAAAUGAAGGACCAGUCUCUCGCCAGAGAGAUUCAGGAGUAUCUACAAUCAGAGAAGCACCCAGGACAGGAGCUCUCUCCUGGACAGUGUUCAGCACUAGCCUGCAUGCUUCUGACCUCAGAGGAGGUGCUGGAUGAGUUGGACUUGGAGAAAUACAACACAUCACAGGAGGGUUACAGGAGGCUGAUCCCAGCUGCUGCAAACUGCAGAAAGGCUCUACUAGGUAACUGUAGUCUGGACACAGAUUUGUGUAAAACUCUAUGUUCCACUUUGGCAUCAUCAAAUUCCUCCCUGAGAGAACUGAGUAUCAAUAUCAGCACCCUGAAAGAUGAAGGAAUGAAGCUGCUUUCUAAUGGGCUGAAGAGUUCACACUGUAAACUGGAGACACUCAGGUGAGCACACUGUA